AUUCAUCCGCGCAUGGCGAGGGACUAUCUUACACAUCCCCAUUGUUAUGAAUCCAAUUUUGGGAGCUUCCGUGACUAACUCCAAAGUUUCAACCGUUUUUUUUUAUCGUAUCUCGAAAUUAUCGUGUUGAUAGGAAUUUUUACCCUACCUUGUUAAAAGUAUCAUUAUCUAGUUAUUUUUUCCACGUUACGAUGUUGGUGUUCCACGCAUCAAUUCCUAUUCUAGUGCCACCGUGAUAACGUCUUAUCAGUUAUCAGUUUCAGUUUACUAUUUUCGUUCGGACUUGUAUGUACUCGUUUUUCAAGAAACCUGAGGCGGAAUCACUAUCGUGUUCUCCUAAGUUAUGGAGGAUUAAAACCGUGCUUGUGUAUGCGACCGUUCGAAUUAUUUCCCGAAUAAAUUACCGGCGUCGUGGGCGGUAACUUGUAGAUGGGUUGUGGUGUUAAUUAUGCAUGUUUUGGCCACGUUUGUACUACACCCGUAGUUAUCAAUGAAUUCUUAAACUACUGUCAUUCGUGCCCAAAUUCGUCAACCUUAUUCAGUUUAAUUUCAAGCCAUUUUGCAUAUUAGUAGUUAUUAGAAUUAUGUCAUGGAUCCGAGACUGCUCUUUGAAUGCAUUUCAAUCUUUCUGCGCCAGAGUUUUAAGAUGCGGUCCAAUCCCAAACCAUGUCGCUUUUAUAAUGGAUGGCAAUCGAAGAUAUGCUAAGAAGAAAAAUGUUCAGAAGGUGAAAGGCCACUCUAUGGGGUUCGAUAAACUAGCUGAAACAUUGCAAUGGUGCUUGGAACUAGGUAUUUAUGAAGUCACCGUGUACGCCUUCAGUAUAGAAAAUUUCAAGAGAACCGCUGAAGAAGUAUCGUCACUCUUCGAGCUGAUGAGAGAAAAAUUCAAUCGACUUCUUGAGGAGGAGGAUAAGCUAAUGGAACAAGGAGUUUGUAUUAGGGUCAUAGGUAAUCUCACAUUGCUUCCUGCAGAUCUGGUAACAUUAAUUGCAAAAGCAGUUCUUCUCACCAAAGACAACUCUAGAGCAUUUUUAAACGUCGCAAUUUCUUACACAUCUCAAGAUGAAAUGUGUGAAGCAGCUAAGCUAAUCAUAGAUGGUGUUCAUAAGAAUUUAAUCACUGUAGAAGAUAUAACUAUUGAAUUAUUUAGCAGGUGUCUGUAUACCAGCCAAUCACCAGACCCUGAGCUACUUAUCAGAACCUCUGGGGAAACCAGGCUGAGUGAUUUUUUACUUUGGCAGGUAUCAAACAGCUAUUUGCAUUUUACGGACGUUUUGUGGCCCGAAUUCUCUGCAUGGCAUUUAUUCUGGGCCGUAUUCCUUUAUCAGCGACAUUGUGACAGCUUGCCAAAAGACAAUACUAGCCAUGUCUGUGAAAACGAGAAUUCUAGGGUAGAUAAAUUUAUUAAAUCUAUUGAAGACAAAAGGUUGGAAUUUUUAAAGAGUGCUGUCUCUAGUGUUGUGUAACAUAGGCUGUUUUGUUCCUUCCUUCUUUUUAAAAGUUUAUUUUUUAUCUCUGAAACUUAAAGUUGAUAUUCAUUCCGUUGUUGUUUUAUGAAGACUUUAUUUUUAUUAUUAAAGUUUUUUCGUAAAAAAGUUUGCAAACUGUA